AUGGGCAGGCCCGUCCGGAAGCCAUUCCUCGCGAAUAAAGCGCGCCAUCUUGGCAGCGUGGCCACCUCGAUAAAUUCAAUAAACCCGACGUCCGAAUGUCCACCCACCACCCCGUGGAAAAGUUACAUAACGAAGAGGUCUCCCGGGUGGGCGGGCGCUGGGCGUGGCCCGGACACGCCCCGGCCGUGGGAGGGGGAGGGAGCUGGUGCCAGCUGCACG